CUCAGAAUUUCAAACCAAACAUAAAAAUAACAAAGGAGGGUUCACUUCUUCACCCACCCAAAAACUUUUCUCUCAUCUUUCACUUGGAACCAAAUUUUAGUUUUUAUUAUAGGAAAGUGAAAAGAAAUGGAAUCUUUAAAGUUCCAAAACAUAAAAUUAGAGAAAGCAAAUGCUAUACAAAGGUACAAAAGGCGUCAAAGAAUGACAAUGUUGUUCCGUUUCAUGGAAUUCUGCAUAUUUUUCGUUAUAAUCUCAAGAUUUUCCACUCAAUUGCCACUCAGUUUCAAGCUAUCGACAGAGUAUUAUUUCAAGGGAAUUGGUGUCACCCUCAUUAGUCCUCUAUUCGUUUUUGUCCUUGGAAACGCAAUUGUUAUCAUCCUUUACUUGAAAUCAGGACAUUCGUCUCCUAAAGACGACUCCACAAACAACGUUAAAAUCGAUUUGUACGAUGAGUACAAGCAAAAGUGUUCGAUGAACAAAGAGGUUUAUUGUGAACAAGGCAAGAAACAGAGCAUUCUGGUAGAAGAAGCUUAUUGUGAACAGAGCAAGAAACAGAGUAAACAGAGCAUUCCGGCAGAAAAAGCCUACUGUGAACAGAGUAAGAAACAGAGGAAACAGAGCAUUGUGGCAGAAAGGCGAGUAGAAAAGGCAAUUCGUCGUAGCCAUUCGGGCAACUCUCUAUGUUUGUCCCAUGAUGAGAAAAAACAUCCUAGACAAAAAAUGAUCCGGUCGGCUACAGUUGGAUGCUUGAAAGUUAUAAACACUGACAAUGUAAAACCAGAGAGGACGACAACGACAACAACAACAACCUCGUAUCCCGAGGAUGGUAUGAGCAGUGACGAAUUCAGGAAAACUGUUGAAGCGUUUAUUGCAAGACAACAAAGAUUUUUGAGGGAACAAGAGUUUUCAGAUGUUGUUUCAUCAUAAGAGAUAAAUGCGGAUAUAUUAGCAGAAAUGUGAGAGUUUAACUAGCACAUUAGGUUAGCGGAGGAGCUAGGAAUUUGGUGAAGGGUUGUACUAAGGCGUGAAAGUUAAAUAUAUACUCAUAAUAGCUACUGUAACAUUUAAUCUCUCUAGCCACUUAAUUUUCCAGAGUAGAGUGUGUUCCUGAUCACCCUUGGCCUAAAUUGGCGCCACCCAAUAGAUGAUUGGAACGGAAAAAAUUGAGAAAACAAAUUUAAGUUUAUGGACAAAGAUCCAGCAUUCACAAUAAUCGUAUCAAUACUAUUAUUCAAGCUCACCUCAAAA